AUGUUGGACCAAUCUUUUGUAACUAACAGCUCCUGGAAACCAGAUCUUUUCAAAGGUAAGGUCGUCUUCGUCACUGGCGGUGCAGGCACCAUUUGCCGGGUGCAAACUGAAGCCAUGGUGCUUCUUGGGGCCAACGCUGCCAUUUUGGGCAGAAACCCAGAGAAAACCACUAAGGCCGCUAAGGAGAUCGAGCUGUUGCGUCCAGGUGCCAAGGUGAUCGGUUUGGGGUCAGUGGACGUGCGUGACGUGCAGUCAAUUGUCAAGGCUGUGGAUACCACCGUAGCAGAAUUGGGCCGUAUUGACUAUGUGAUUGCUGGAGCUGCUGGUAACUUCUUAUCAGACUUCAAUCACAUGUCGCUGAAUGCAUUCAAGUCAGUUGUGUCCAUUGACUUGUUGGGUUCGUUCAAUACCGCUAAGGCCGUGCUUCCACAGCUCAGAAAGAACAAAGGUGCUAUUCUCUUUGUCUCGGCCACCUUACACUACUACGGUGUGCCAAUGCAGCUUCACGUAGGUGCAGCUAAAGCUGGAGUGGAUGCGUUGUCGAACGCAUUGGCUGUUGAGCUUGGACCUCUCGGUAUCAGGUCAAACUGUAUUGCCCCAGGAGGAAUCGAUGGUACUGAGGGAAUGUCCAGAUUGAUGCCGGAUCCUGAGAAUGCCGUCAAGAAAGUUCCUUUAGGUCGUUGGGGAACCACCCAGGAUAUUGCCGAGGCUACGAUUUACUUGUUCUCGCCUGCUGCCAGUUACGUGACGGGAACGGUUCAGGUUGUGGACGGAGGUUAUUGGCAUAUUGGAGGUAUGCUUGGGGACUUGUAUCCGCAAGUUGUGGUGAGCCAGAACAGUGACGAGAAUGCUAAGUUGUAA